UCCUCUUAACUUCCAUUUUCUCUGAAGAAAAACUAAAAAAAAAAGCUUUUUCCUGUCAGCAAUGGCGACACCUAAAGAACACACAGAGUUGAUCAGGAAAAGAAAAUUCUCAAUCGGAGGAGAACCCAACCCGUUGAUAGAAGACCUUCAUCAAGCUGUUCGAAACCUGUCCGCUGAGCUUUACACUAAAGAUGCUCAUUUCCUCAUGGAACUUAUCCAGAAUGCAGAGGACAAUGAGUAUUUGGAAGGGGUGGAUCCAUCGUUGGAGUUUGUGAUAACAUCCAGGGACAUAACGGCCACCGGAGCUCCGGCGACGUUGCUGAUUUUCAAUAACGAGAAGGGGUUUUAUCCCAAAAACAUAGACUCCAUUUGCAGUGUUGGACGUUCCACUAAGAAAGGCAACAGGAGACGUGGUUAUAUUGGGGAGAAAGGAAUUGGGUUCAAAAGUGUCUUUUUGAUCAGUGCUCAGCCUUACAUAUUCAGCAAUGGCUAUCAGAUACGCUUCAAUGAAGCCCCUUGUUCUCACUGCGGUCUUGGCUACAUAGUCCCCGAGUGGAUUGACGAGAACCCGACACUUGAUGACAUUAGAAAGGUUUAUGGACUGUCUUCUGUACUUCCAACUACUGUCAUUGUGCUGCCCCUGAAGCCUGACAAGGUCAAGCCCGUGCAACAGCAGCUCUCAAGCAUUGAACCUGAAGUGUUGCUAUUCCUUUCGAAUAUCAAACGUCUUUCUGUCAGGGAAGACAAUGAAGAUCCCUUGCUCAAUUCUGUGAGUGGCAUAGCUAUUACAAGUGAGACUAAUUUUAUGACGAGGAAGAACAUCGAUGCCGAGUCCUAUACACUUAUUCUUUCCGCUGAGGAAAGUUCUGACAAGUUUGAUAAAGAAUGCAGCUACCAUAUUUGGAAGCAGAAGUUUCCUGUCAUGCCGGAAAACAAAGUGGAAAGGAGAAUGGAUGUGGAAGAGUUGGUGAUCACAUUGGCUUUUCCGAACCAAGAGCGUUUGCAAAGAGGGAUGAAAUUGCCCGGGGUCUAUGCAUUUCUUCCAACGGAGAUGGUGACCAAUUUCCCCUUCAUUAUUCAAGCAGAUUUUGUUUUAUCAUCAUCAAGGGAAACAAUACUAUUAGACAACAAAUGGAACCAAGGGAUUCUUGAAUGUGUUCCCUCUGCUUUUGUCAAUGCAUUCAUCUCACUGGUGAAAAUGACAGAUGAGGCUCCGGUAUCUAGUUUGUGCCGGAUGUUCAAUUUCUUGCCAGUUGACAGUUCCUUGUACCCAAAUUUUAAUGCCGUUAGGGAAAUAAUAAGAUCGAAACUGGUUGAUGAAGAUAUUCUUCCAAGUGAUGAGUCGUGCACAGGGCAGAAGUUUUUCCAUAAACCCCUAGAAGUGGGUAGAAUUAUGCCUGCUUUCUGGGAUAUUGUAAAGAAGGCAAGAAAGGAGGGGCUGGACUUGUAUAAUGUUUCAUCCCAUGGAGUAUAUAUAUUGCAUUCUUCUUUUGAUGUGAUUGAGUAUGAUAAUAUUCUAAAUUUUUUGGGAGUUGGAUCAGUCAAUAACGUGUGGUAUGCAAGGUGCAUCAAAAGUUCUAACCUUGUAUUGGGAGUUUCGGAAGGCGUUUAUCUUGAUCUUCUUCUCUUCCUUGCAGAGAAUUGGAAUAACAUAUUCCACGCUUCCAUAGUCAUGAAAUUGCCACUUCUCAAAUAUGUGGAUCAUUUUGGAUGUGUGUCUUUGUGCAGUAUCGGAGAAUCCACACAGCGUAGUCUGGGGACAAUAUGCCGAUCACAUCAAUCUUGUCAUAUCUCAUGGAUGAUUGGUUGGAACAAGGAAUUUAGUGGGGUUACAAACCGUUUUUUCCUUCCUCAAAGCACACAAAAUGCCAUCUGUUCGUAUGUUAAGAAAGAAACGGUUUUGGAAUGGCUUCAAAACCAGGCACAGCUUUUUCCCCUAGGUGUGUAUAACUAUGCAGCCGCUCUUAUUGACCUCAUUGGUGACAAACCAAAGCUUGCCAUAACCUAUGCUCACUUCUUGUAUCAUUCGUCCUUGAAGAAAUUUGUAACAAGUGCAGAAGUUGAUCAUUUGUGUGGCAAGUUACCCUUGGUAAAUAAAUAUGGUAAUGUGAAUGCUAAGACGGAGAGGAAGGUUCUUGUCCCUGCUAAUGGAAGCAAAUGGAACAGCUUGGUUGGCUCAAAUCCACUGAAAGAUGAAGGCUAUAUCGAGUUAGGGGAAGAAUACUUGCAUCCUAGAACUUGUGCUGGUCAAUCCACUCCUGGAGGGAAGCUCUUGUUGUUUCUAAAAUCACAUGUUGCUGUCCUGGAUAUUCCAUCUCUGUCUCCCCCAAAUGCUGCGAUUCCUGCUGUUUCUUCGCCUCUAUCAAAGGAAAAUACUUUCUUGCUGUUGUAUUGGAUUCGGGACAUGAAAAAAAGAAAAACACCAAUUCCAGAAAGGUUUUUGACAAGCAUAAAAAAUGGAAAUUGGCUUAGAGUCACCAUAAAUGGCUCUUAUGGCUACAAACCACCAGCACAAUCAUUUUUUUAUUCCUCCUCACUGGGAGACGUUAUGCAGAAUGGAUCAGUGUUUGUUGAUAUUCCAUUAAUAGAUCAGAGCUUUUAUGGGGAAAGAAUAAGUGAUUAUAGGGAAGAGCUUAAAACAAUUGGUGUCAUGUUUGAGUAUGGAGACGCCUGCCAAUUUAUCGGUGACCAUCUUAUGAGAUUGGCAUCUUCAUCGAGGUUAAGUAAAGAUCGUGUGCUUUCCAUCCUCGGUCUCAUCAAAUAUUUGAGGACAAAAUACCUCCCACCCAAUGAAUUUAUCUGCAGUAUCAAAGAAGGAAGGUGGCUAAAGACGUCUCAUGGUUACAGAUCACCGGUUGGAGCUGUUUUGUUUGAUGAUGAAUGGAAAACAGCCAUACAAUUAAGUGAUGUCCCUCUCAUCGAUAAAGAUUUCUAUGGUGAUGAAAUUCUUGGCUUCAAAGUUGAACUUGGGCUGCUUGGUGUUAUAGUUGGCUUCAAUGGAUGUCAUCAGCUUGUUGUUGAAAACUUGAAGCAAUCCUCACACUUGACCUCUUUGAAAGCCGAUGCUUUUCAUUUAUCGCUGGAAUGUAUGCGAUAUGCAAAAUCACCUGGAAAGCUUGUUUCAACCCUUCGAGAUGCCAAGUGCUUGAAGACCAAUCUUGAUUACAAAACCCCAUCUGAAUGCUUUCUCUUUGAUCAAGAGUGGGGUUGUCUUCUACAGGUUUUCGGUUGUUUCCCGUUAGUCGACCAUUCUUACUACGAAACUAACAUCUCCUGCUACAAAAAUGAGUUGAAUAGAUUGGGUGUUGUGGUGGAUUUUGAUGUAGCAGCCCAAUCUGUUAUCAUCUGUUUCAGGCAACAUGCAUCGACAUCAUGUUUUACAAAAGAUAAUGUUUUCUCACUCCUCACAUGCUGUAGACAACUGAAGGGAACUUCCUAUAAGUUUCCCUCCGACUUGAAGAAAUGCAUCCACGAAGAGAAGUGGUUGCGGACUCGGCUCGGAGAUUUCAGGUCUCCAAAAGAGUGCAUCCUAGCUGGUCCAGAAUGGGAAUCCAUCUCUUCAAUUUGUCUCCUUCCUUUUAUCGAUGACAGUAACAACUACUAUGGAAAGGACAUUCAUAAGUAUAGAGAUGAGUUGAAGAGCAUGGGAGUAGUUGUUGAAUUCAAAACCGGUGCGAGAUUUGUGCCUUCUCGUCUCUGUUUCCCACAUAGCAUGGACAGUAUAACUCCUAGUAUAGUACUUUCAUUGCUCAGGUGCUUGAGGGUUUUGUUGGAAGACAAUUACACCUUCCCAGAGGAAUUUCUUAGUAAAGUUUCAAAAAGUUGGUUGAAAACCUAUGUUGGUUACAUGAGUCCAGGUGAUUGCUUAUUGUUUGAUGGAAAAUCAGACUUGAAACCAACAGAUGGACCAUUCAUCGAUGAGGGGUUUUACGGUUCUGAGAUAAGAAAAUAUAGAAAAGAGCUAUCUUUAAUUGGAGUUACCGUUGAUGCUGAGAAGGGAAGCACGCUGCUAGCCAGCCACCUUGAUAUGCAUUCGAAUUUUGCCACCAUCAUUCGGAUAUAUAAAUUCUUGGCAAAAGUGGAAUGGUCACCUGACAACGAAGCUAAACCAUUAAUCUGGAUCCCUGAUGGCAAUGAUAAUGGAAGGUGGGUCAAACCUUAUGAAUGUGUUCUACAUGAUAAAGAUGGACUCUUUGGAAUGCAGUUCAAUGUUUUGGACAAACACUAUAAAAACAAAGUCCCACUGCAAUUCUUCUCCGGUGCAUUGGGCGUCAAAUCGAAUCCUUCACUUGAUGACUAUUGCAGACUCUGGAAAGGUUGGGAAACUUCAGGACAUCGUUUGUCGCAUGAUGAGUGUUGUGCAUUCUGGAGGUUUGUCUUGCAGCACAAGAGUUCAAAGAAAGAGAAAAUGCUUUCUGAAAGUUUGGAGAAAGUCCCCGUUGACUCGGGUUCGGAUGGGAUCAUGUUAUUAGACAAAAACGAUGUGUUUAUAGGUGAUGAUCUUCAACUUAAGGAUCUCUUUGUCCAAUCCUCUUCUCGUCCUCUGUUUGUUUGGUAUCCUCAGCCAAGCUUACCCCAUUUGCCCCAGACUAUGCUUUUUGAGUUGUACAAAAAUGUCGGGGUUCGAGUGAUAUCCAAGUCUGUACAGAAGCAAGAAUUGUCCUUAACAAAUGGCCCGGAACUUAAACAGAGCAAUCCCGGAGAUUCUAUGAUUGGGAAAGGGCUGCUCCGACUUAUUCUUGGCUUUUUAGCAUGUUCAUCAAUGAAUUUGGAAGCUGACAAAAGGCAUGAAACUGUUCAACCCCUCCUCAAUCUCACUGUCCUCGAGACUUCCGAACCGGUCGAAGUCAGAUAUACUUUGUUACAAUCUUCAGGUGGAACCCCUGAAGUUCGAGCAAGCCGAAAGGUGCGCUGGGACAAAGCGAGCUCCAAGUUAUACUUUCAGAAGAUGGAUGAGUCUGCUGGACAAAAAGAUCAGAUCGAGUAUGCUACUUAUUUCUCUGAAACAAUUGCUGAAGGACUACUGUGGGAGAAGGAAGAUCAGAUCAGUUCGCUGUCCGAGCUAAUCAAGCUGACCUUCAUGCUGAAAUUCGAUGAAGACGCCGUCGGUUUCGUGAUGAAAUCCAAGAAUCUGCAGGUGUUUGUUGAGGAUGAAGAAUUCCUUUCCGCUGCCUUCCCCAAUGAAUAAGUGUGUGCAAGGUAUGAACUAUUAUAUACUUAAUAUUUUGCAAGGUGUUCAGUUGUGCGUAUUAAAACAUAGCUUAUGAAGCAUAUGCGGAUGUAUGAACUUUAAUAUUUUGGUGCAUCUUUAA